UCACGCCGCCAGAUUCCGGCCGCCCCGACCGCCGAAGCCGACGCCGACAUCACCAGCAGGAGACUCAGUCGAAGCCAAGCCGCAGUACCCUGAUCAUCUUCAUCGCUGCUGUGGGUCUGCCUGCACCGCGUCGCAUCGCCACUGCACCGACCCACCACAGCCCUGCUAGCUUGACUCCAUCGCCACCCAAGAGGAUGGAUAACCGUGAGUGGAUGUACACGGGCCACUCAAGUCAGGGUCAGGUCACCAAUGAAUGGAUCAACAAGACCGAUGAUUUCUUGGAACGGGCAUUUGGCGAGGCUAGUAAAGGAGCAAGUAAAAUCUUCUGUCCCUGCAGUAAGUGUGCAAACAGAAAAAGACAAACAAAGGAGGUCAUGGGGCAGCAUCUUUGGAAGAAUGGAUUCACGCCAGACUAUACCCGGUGGGUCUACCACGGUGAAGCCGAUCGCAUGAGAGAGGAGGUGGUGAGACAACGCGUCGAGGAUUACGACGCUGAUGCCGGGGUAGCAGACAUCUUAGAUGACACGGCGGCUACUCCCUCUCUCUCCCAGAUCCGAGCAAGAAGCAUGAGCGCAAGCCUCGCCAUACGACCUCGACCGUACACUACACAACACCGGAUGGAGGCACUCCAGGCCCAGCUAGAAGAAGAGAAGAGGCGACGGGAGGAGUUGGAGGCGAGGAUCGUAGCCAAGCGGGAGGCCGAGCAACGGAGGUUCGCAGAGAUUCUACAGUACAUGCAAAGUCUUGGUGCCGCCUAGGGAAUGCCUCUGUUACCUGGGCUAUUUGCUCUACUUCCACCUCUAGAAUCAAUCGGUGGCAUCGAAUGAAGUGCCUCAUGCUACAAAUCCUUCACCAAAUCAAUCUCAUUGGCCAUGAUGAUACUUUUCGUUGUUAAUGGUACUUUUAUUUGCAUUUCUUAUGGUGAAUGAUGGAGCACUUGGAUUACUUGUGAACUUAUUGCGAUAUACUAUAACACAUGUGACGUUUGUGAUGUGUAUGUGAUGUCUGUGAUAUAUAUGCCAUCUCUGUACUAUGACAUAUGUGACGUUUGUUUGGA